UGGCUUCUUCUUCGAAACCAUUGCCACGGUGCCAUGAGAGCCUUAAAGAGCUUGCAAAAGAGCUUAAAAUGGAGGUUCCUCACCGCUAUGUUCAGGAACAACGUGAACCCACCUUUGUCUCUAGUGGCUCUUUGCCUUUGCCCUCUAUUCCUGUAAUUGAUAUGAAUGAUUUGAUCAAGAUUGUUCUAGGAUCUGAUGAUGCUGUGGAUGAACUCAACAAACUACGCUCAGUCUGCCAUGAAUGGGGAAUCUUUCAGUUGGUGAAUCAUGGAGUUGACAAAUUGUUGGUGGAGAAAAUGAAAGAGGCGAUGGUGGAAUUUUUCCAGAUUCCGGAGGAAGAGAAGCUGAGAUACAAGUUGAAGGAAGGUGAAUAUGAAGGGUAUGGUCAAACGAUACUCCAUGAUCAAGAUCAGAAGGUUGAUUGGGCUGAUCGCUUUUAUAUGAUCACCAAUCCUCUUCAUAGAAGAAAAUCCAACUUACUUCCCCAGUUUCCUUCAUUACUAAGAGAUACCUUCGAGGAUUAUAUGCAAGAGCUGCAAAGGCUUGCCAUGACUUUGUUCCAUUUAAUCGGGCAAGCAGUAGAUAUCGACAAACAAGAGAUGUCGGAUGUUUUCGAAGAUGGAAUGCAAUCAGUGAGGAUGACUUACUAUCCUCCAUGCCCUAAACCGGAUCUAGUUAUCGGCCUUACCCCUCACUCUGAUGCUGCCGGCAUCACCAUUCUUCUUCAAGUUAACGACAUCGAAGGUCUGCAAGUUAAGAAAGACGGCAUAUGGAUUCCUGUAAAUUUCCUUCCAAACGCUUUCGUCGUAAACGUCGGAGAUGUUCUUGAGAUAAUGAGCAAUGGUGCAUACAACAGCAUUGAGCAUCGAGCGACUGUUCAUGCAACUAAAGAGAGGAUUUCAUUGGCCAUGUUCUUCAAUCCAAAGUUUCAAGCCGACGUUGGACCUGCAAAGAGCCUCUUGAAGAACACAAGAAACCCGCCAUUGUAUAAAACACUCGUAAUGGAGCAGUACCUCAAGGAAUUCUUUUCGGGCAAGCUCAAUGGAAAGACAUUUCUCAAGAAAAUGAAGAUUGAAAAUGAAGAAGCCUGUGAAACUUGAUAAAAAGUUCCAAUUCAUAAUUAUAUAUGUUAAUCACAUAUAUUACUUAAAAUUGAACGAUGCGUACAUAUGUUCAACAUGGUAUUUAUGUGAAUCCUGUUUAUAUAUUGCCAUUGGUCUAAAUUAUUGGAUUAUAAGCUAGACCUCUUAUAUAGGUAGUUAAUAUGCUAUUUAUUAUGGUUAUUAGUUAACCGUUAUGGGGGCUUAACUAUCAACCUUGAAAGGGUGUCUUGAAAGGUUGUGAUGGUUCGUUCUAUAUUAUGUAUGUAUUCUCAAUGUAUUGAUGUUGUUGCAUCUUAUAUGUAUUCUCAAUGUAUCAAUGUUAUGUGUAUAA